AUGCCCCCCAAGAGUGCGUGCCCGCCCAGUCGCUCUUCGUCUGCGAGGCGCGCUCAGCACAGCCAGCGUGUCCCCGUCGUCUGUCUGGGUAGCAUCCAUGUACUGACUCGCACCAACCACCACGCGCAUGAUUCGUACUCUGCAGAGGCUGCCACGGCGGAAAAGAAGGUCUGGCUCGGCCGACCUUCCAACAACUUGCAGAUCGGUAUCGUCGGCAAGUCCCCUCUUUCCCGUCCCUCGCUCCGUCGUCAGGUGGUGGCUCAGAUCGGACUCGGACUGACCACUCCCUUUAUUCUGUUACACCACUUAGGUAUGCCCAACGUUGGAAAAUCGUCGCGUGCGUAGUCCUAUCCGACGUGGUGGUGCAAGCCUCGAGCUUGGGCGCUCGUUCUCCCCUUCUUCUGGACCGGUCCUCUAACCAGAACCUUGGGGUACACUACAGUGUUCAACAUCAUCUCCAAGUGCGACUUGGGAAAGAUCGCCAACUUCCCCUAGUGAGUCGCGCUCUGAGCUGCCGCAGUGGAUCGCAGAGCUGAUCCGACUUUCGGCACUUCUCUUCGGACCCAUUCUUUGUGUCACUGCAGCGCUACCAUCGAACCCGAGGAAGCUCGUGCGUAGCGAAGAAAGCCGACACCUCGGAUUCCCCGGCAACCCUUCGCUAACUCCGAGCCCCCUCUCCAACAGGUGUCGCCGUCCCCGACGAGCGCUUCGAUUGGCUUUGCGACGUCUACAAGCCCUCGUCCAAGGUCCCCGCUUUCCUCACCUGCGUCGAUAUCGCCGGUUUGACCAAGGGUGCUUCGACCGGUGCCGGCCUCGGGAACAACUUUUUGGCCAACGUCAGGGCUGUGGAUGGGAUCUUCCAGGUCGUCCGUAAGUCGGGCAAGUGGAUGGGAGGGAUAGAUUCCGGGGUCAGCGGGCUGAUGUGACUAUGGCCCCCAUGCUUGCGUGUGAACAGGUGCUUUCGAUGAUGCCGAGGUCAUCCAUGUCGAAGGUGAUGUCGACCCCAUCCGUGAUAUGGAGAUCAUCCGUGAUGAAUUGAGGUGCGUACAGCCCGGACGAUGUCGGGUUCGCCCGAGCGUACAAGUCCGAGCGCUAACGAUGCGAACUCGAUGCAACAGGUUGAAGGAUAUCGAAUGGGUCGAGAAGAAGCAUGAUGCGCUCAAGAAGGCCCUCCGAGGUGCGACCGGUACCGCCAACUUGGCCGACAAGGCCAAGAAGGAAGAAUUGGUACGCCGCCGGCCCCCGGCAAUCGCACAUUCCUUGCCCUCCCGUUUCUGAUCCAGCCUCUUCGUCUUCAUAGGACUGCGUUGCGAAGGUCUUGGACGUCCUGACCGUGCAAAACAAGGACGUUCGAAAAGCGACAUGGUCCAACAAGGAGAUCGACAUCGUCAACGACUUGCUCCUGUUGACCGCCAAGCCCGUGACGUACCUCGUAAACCUGUCGGAGAAGGACUACAUCCGCAAGAAGAACAAGUGGUUGCCCAAGAUCAAGGCCUGGAUCGACGAGAACAACCCGGGAGAUUUGCUGAUCCCCUUCUCCAUCGCGCUCGAGGAACGCGUUGCUCAAGAAUUCGCCGACGAGGUUGCGCAAAAGGCCGAGUUUGAGAAGUUGGGCACCCAAGGACAGUUGGGCAAGAUCACGACCGCGGGUUACGCUUCGUUGCACUUGAUUCGGUACUUUACUUGCGGCCCUCAGGAGGUGCGAGCGUGGACGAUCCGUGAGGGGACAAAAGCGCCUCAGGCUGCGGGUGUCAUUCAUGGCGAUUUCGAGAAGAACUUCAGUGAGUGCCGUGCUUCUCAUUUUUCCUUCUGGAUGGGAAACUCACCGAUUUUUGACUAUACAGUCUGUGGUGAAAUUAUGUCGUACGCCGACUUGAAGGAGUACGGUACAGAAGCAGCGGUCAAGGCGGUACGUUGUGCUUGCGUCUCCGUUACGACCCAAUCCUAUCUUACUGAUCCCUUCUUUUGAUCCCAUCUUGCGCAGGCCGGUAAGAUGAUGCAAAAGGGCAAGCCGUACGAGAUCGUCGACGGUGAUAUCUGCUAG